AUGAUAUCUCGUGCUUUGAAUCGCCAGCUUGGCAUUUCGAUACAUGGUCUUCAACCUGCACGUCUAUACACACCAACAACUCGGAGUGCCGCCACCCAUCGCACUUACCAUCAAUUAAGAGCGCAGCAACAAUCUCUUCAACAGCAGCCAUCCUCGAUUCCCCUGUUGCAACAUUCCACUCGAGCUCGUUUCUUCUCUCAUGCAGCUACUAUGCCUGCUAUGCAAGUGCGUAGCAUUGGAUUCUCUUCCAUACCUCGAAUGACCAUUUCGGUAUUACGACUGCCGACCCUGUUGGCAGGGACAACCGUGGCAGGUGUCACCUUGGCAAACAACAAAAUAUCAGAUUGGACUGAUAAAGGAACGGCUUUGGUAUUGGAUGGUCUCAAGGAAGCACAAAAGGUCUUUUCGACGUUGCAGGAACAAGCUGAAGAACUUGAUAUCUCAAUCCCUGAAAUCCAUUUACGUGUACCGGAUGCAGUCAAAGACUUUCUCGCCACAUUAAGCAGUAGUAGUACAUCAGGAGAACAACACUCGACCACGCAUUCAUUUGACAAGGUCAACAAUGAAAAUAAUACCGGUGGUGGCGAUGGUGAUGGUGGUGGAAACGGCAACAAGGAUGGAGAAAAAGCAGCAGCAGCAGCCACCACAGCAGCAGCCGUCGCUGCAUUUAUGAAUGAUGAAGAAGAAGAGGAGGAUGCUAGACCGGCCAAGAAGAGCAAAAAAUCAGCAUCGAAUGGAGGAGGACACCAAGACGAGCAAUUGAUGAUGUUGACAAAGAAAUUGAUUGAGAUCCGCAGCAUCCUCAUGUCAAUCGAUCACAAUGAAACGCUCAAGCUCCCAAGUAUUGUCGUUGUUGGAUCUCAGAGUUCGGGUAAAAGCUCUGUAUUGGAAGCUAUUGUUGGUCAUGAGUUUCUCCCAAAGGGAUCCAACAUGGUGACUCGACGCCCUAUUGAAUUGACAUUGAUUCAUACCCCUGGAGAAGAUGAGGAAUAUGGCGAGUUUCCACAGCUGGGUCUUGGCAAGAUGCAUGAUUUCAAAAAGGUGCAAAAGACAUUGGUUGAUAUGAACCUUGCUGUGUCUGAAGAAGAAUGCGUAUCGGAUAAGCCCAUCGAGCUCAAGAUCUAUUCACCCAAUGUACCGGAUUUGACGCUGAUUGACUUGCCUGGUUAUAUCCAAAUUUCCAACAAGAAUCAACCCGAGACGCUGAAAUCCAAGAUCGAGGACUUGUGUGAAAAGUAUAUUCGUGGACCCAAUAUCAUCCUUGCAGUAUGUGCAGCCAAUGUGGAUCUUGCCAACUCUCCAGCUUUACGUGCUAGUCGCAAAAUGGAUCCUCUUGGUUUGCGAACCAUUGGUGUUAUUACAAAGAUGGAUCUGGUGACCCCUGAAGCUGGUGCAGCAGUACUUCGCAACGCUGAUUAUCCAUUGCAUCUUGGCUAUAUUGGUGUCGUAUGUCGUUCUCCUGAAGGUGUCAAAGGCAACAUGACCAAUGCACUUAUUCGUCAAGAAGAGGAUUUCUUCCACAAUCAUCUCAUUUACAACCAACGCGAUAUCCAAGUUGGCACGGCAACUUUACGUCACAAGUUGAUGAAUGUCCUCGAGCAAAGCAUGGGUCGAUCGCUUUACAGUAUUGUGGAUGCCGUGCAACAGGAACUUGAAGAAUCUCGAUAUCAAUUCAAGGUGCAAUACAAUGAUCGCCGUGUCACUGCAGAGUCCUAUGUUGCCGAGACGAUCGAUUCACUCAAGCAUAACUUUAAGGAUUUCGCCACUCGAUUUGGCAAGCCCCAAGUACGACAUGAGGUGCGCACCAUGCUUGAGCAAAGAGUCCUCGAUAUCUGUGCCGAACAAUAUUGGUCCGAUCCAAAGAUUGCCGAGUUGCCUAAGGCGGCUGUUGAUGACUUUUAUUGGCUGUAUAAGAUUGAUUUGGCUUCGGCAGCAUUGACUAAGAGUGGUAUUGGCCGUUCGACUACACAAUUGGUCGUCGAUGUUCUUAUGAGCAAUAUGGAGCGACUAGCAAAUGCAGAACCUUUUUCAUAUCAUCCCGAGACACGCAAGCAAGUCAUGAGCUUUACAGGCGAGAUCUUGCGUAGCAAGUUUUUGGCUACCAGUGAUCAAGUAGAAAACACCAUCAAGCCAUACAAGUAUGAGGUCGAAGUCACGGAUAUGGAAUGGAGUGAUGGUGUCAAGCGAGCGGUUGCAUUGCUCGAAAAGGAAUUGGAAAUGUGUGAUCAAAUGGCCAGCUCUAUCAAGAAUGCUGUUGGCAAAAAGAAGCUCAAGGGUGCUAUCAAGUACUUGUUGGAUUUGGAACGAGAGGAUGAUCGCCGACAAGAGCGUUUGAGACAAAUUGCUGAAGAAGGCGGCAUUGCUACUGAGGAACAAGUCUUCCAUGAGAAUGAUGAAGAGAUCGUCAAACCUUUCUACAACCCCAAGAUCCUUGAAAAGGCCAAGGAAGCAUUGUUCUUACGAGACCGAUCCAUGAUCCUCAAGUAUCGUAUUGCUGCACUCAAAAGCCGACAAUGCAAGACAUCAGAGAACAAACAAUAUUGCCCUGAAGCAUUCCUCAAUGUGAUUGCUGAAAAGUUAACAUACACGGCUGUCAUGUUUAUUCAAGUGGAGCUCUUGAAUGAGUUCUUUUUCCAAUUCCCCCGCGAGGUUGAUAAUCGCUUGGUAUACCAGAUGAACCGCCGACAGAUUCAGCAGUUCGCCCGUGAGAACCCUCCAAUUCAAAAGCAUUUGGACCUUCAAGAACGAAAAUCCAAGCUAGAAGAUGUUAUGGAUAAACUCAACUACCUUGUGAAACGACAAGCUGAUCGUCAAGCAAGAAGCAAAUUGGGAUCCAUGCCAUAA